UGGUUUUUUACUUUUGAUUUUCUAGUCUAUUCUUCUUCUUGGCUCACUGUAGUUGAAUUUGGAAUUUGAUCGGUGAAAAUAGUGGAUUUCAAAGGCCUUUUUGUGCAAGAUUGCUGUUCCCUGCUGUAGUACUAUGAUAAUGGAAUCAAGUUCAGGGAUGAAUUCAGGACCAUCUGGUGUGACAGUGAUAGCGCCCGAGGCUCCAUCGAGCUAUCAUGUGGCGCCAAGGAAUGAUGGCAAUUCUUCCUUGGUCCCAGGAGCUUCACACUUAGGUCCAUCUCCAGUUAAUGCUGGUGGGAUUAUUGGCAGUUCUGAGAAGAAGAAGAGGGGCCGACCGAGGAAGUAUGGGCCAGAUGGUGCUGUGGCUAGGGCACUUUCGCCCACGCCAGCUUCCUCGUCUGCCCCACCAGCUCCCGGGGGCAGCUUCUUGGCCGAGAAAAUGGGUGCCCCACGGCCUGCUUCUGAGAAGAAACAGCGCAGCAAAAUUGGGGCUGAGAAUUUAGGUGACUGGAUUUCAUGUACAACUGGCGGGAACUUUCUACCACAUCUGAUAACUGUUGAUGCCGGUCAGGAUGUUACCAUGAAGAUAAUCUCAUUUUCACAGCAAGGACCUCGAGCUAUUUGCAUUAUCUCUGCUAAUGGUUUGAUAUCAAAUGUUACUCUUCGACAGCCAAAUUCUUCUGGGGGUACUUUAACUUACGAGGGUCGGUUUGAAAUCCUAUCUUUGUCUGGAUCCUUCACUCCUACGGAGUUUGGGGGGUCGAGGACAAGCAGGACCGGUGGAAUGAGCAUAUCUCUGGCGAGUCCCGAUGGACGUGUAGUGGGAGGAAUGCUUGCGGGGCUCUUAAUAGCUGCCAGUCCCGUCCAGGUAAUAGUGGGCAGUUUUCUCCCGAGCAAUUACAACGAGUUUAAGACUCCAAAGAAGCCUAAAGCCGAGCCCAAACCAAUUCCCAAUUCGCAAGUCUCUGUUGCUAUGCCUCAUAAUCCUAACGCGGACACCAGAAACCCCGGUGCACUAGCCAUGGUUUAUCCGGGAUCUGGAACGCAAAGCGCUGUGCCUCCCUCCAAUAACUGGGGCGCUAUGGCAACGAUGGAUGACUCGAGGAAGGCUGCAACAGACAUAAAUAUAUCGUUGCAGGGCGAGUAGUUCGCACUCCGAGAUAUUAUGACAUUAAAUAACUGAUAGAUGCACAGUAAAUUUCCAGCUUUAAGCUAUCAUAGGAUCGCGUAGAGAGCUUUUUUUUUUUUUUUUUUUUGGGUGCUCGUUCGUCCUCGUUUAGUCUUGGAUGUUGUCUGUUGUUCUGAUGUGAUUAAUGUCUGUCCAUGGCAAAGCUGGGAACAUGAACUUUACUUGCUGGGCUUUACUUAGCAGCUUAUAUGGGGUUCCAUCUGCCACUUUGUUGAGAUAUUUCCAGGAUUUUGACAUUAACAAGUAAUUUAUUAAAUGUUUCAUUGUU